AGCCGGACGUUUUCCUUUCUAAUAACAGAGGUUGCAAUAUGGCGCCUUCCAGGGUUGGCAUGAAUGCAUUAUCUGCUAGAUGAGACGUAUUUUUGCUUUAGACGGGCUUGGGGUUUUUGUCGGCGCAUUUAACAGACCAAUAACAGAGCUGCUUUUUGAAUGACAGUCAGCUUUUGUAGUCCAUGUGAAACCCGGAGGACGAAGCAUGUCGGGGUCGAACGUGUGGAGCCGCAGCCGGGAGAGGUUGCGACUUUUCCCCGAGCUUCUGGCUCAGUGCGCAGAUGAGGCAGCUGUUUAUGGGAAGUGUGUAGCGGCUACAACAGCAGGCAAACAGGAACUGAGGAAAGACCUGUGCGCUAAAGAGUUUGAAGCACUGAAGACCUGCUUCACAAACGCAGCCAGGAAGAGACCCAGGUGAUUACAUUAUCAGAGCUGUGCUGAUACUGUAAUGUGAACUGUGGGAGAAAACCUGAUGUCCUAAUGAUGCUGGAGGCGAUUCUGAGCAGAGCUCCAAAGUAAUGUUAUGAUCCUAUCUGUAAUAAAGACAAGAGAAUAAACUAUUUCAUCACUUUAUAUUCAAAGAAACCAACAAUCA